AUGGGCGACACUUCGAGAGCUCUGGUCAAGGAACUGUUUGUUGACCCUUGGAGAAGAUUGAAAUAUGGGAUCUUACCUGUGAGAAGAAUAGUUGACGAAGAAUUGCCCUCGUACGAGAAUUCUAUCGAAAAUGAUUUGACUAAAGUCGCCGAGAAGAUAGUCGAGUGCGAUGUGGCGGAGAGGGAAGAGGUUGAACUGGAGAUUGAGUAUAGGGACGAGGCCCAAAGACCAUGGUGGAAGUUCUUCGAUGAAGGAGAAUACAGAAGGAAUAAGGCGGUUGCCUCAAGGAACCCUUGGUACUCCUGGUUCAACGGUUCAACGUCGCAAGAAGAAAGAAAACUUAUUCUGAAACUAGACAUUUUGCUGGCAUUCUACUCAUGUAUGGCCUAUUGGGUUAAGUAUCUUGACACAGUGAACUUGAACAACGCUUAUGUGUCCGGUAUGAAGGAGGAAUUGGGUAUGAAGGGUAAUGACCUGGUCCAAACGCAAAAUAUGUUUUCGAUCGGUAAUAUAGUUUUUCAAUUGCCUUUCCUCUUUUUCCUCAAUAAGGUUCCUCUCAACUAUCUCUUGCCCGCCUUAGACCUUGCUUGGUCCUUACUGACGGUAGGCGAAGCAUAUGUGAAGACUUUGGGUGGCAUCAAAACUCUUCGAUUCUUCAUUGGGGCGUUCGAAGCUCCUACCUAUUUAGCAUACCAGUACCUGUUCGGUUGCUUCUAUAAGCAUGAUGAGAUGAUUAGGCGAUCGGCGUUUUACUAUUUCGGGCAGUAUAUUGGUACUUUGUCAUCUGGAGGUAUACAGUCAGCUGUUUACACAAGCCUGGGUGGGAGGAAUGGGCUUGCUGGUUGGAGAUGGAAUUUUAUUAUUGAUGCUAUCAUUUCUGCUAUUGUUGGCGUCAUCGGAUUCUACGCGUUGCCUGGGGAUCCAGAUAACUGCUAUUCCAUCUUCCUGACAGAUGACGAGAUCAGACUGGCUAGGAAACGGAUGCGAGAAAACAAGACGGAUAAAAACGACUUCCAAAAGAAAGUCUUCAGCCUCGACGUCUGGAAGCGUCUUAUUUUCGACUGGAAAGUUUGGGUGCUCUCUGUCUGGAAUAUUUUCUGUUGGUGUAACAGUAAUGCAGGUACUGGUUGUUACAUCCUGUGGUUGAAAUCGCUAAAACGUUACUCGAUCCCCAAAGUGAAUCAGCUGAGUAUGAUCUCACCCGGGUUAGGACUUGUUUACUUAGCUGUCACCGCUAUCAUAGCAGAUAAGUUUCACUCUCGGUUGUCCGCCAUUCUUAUCACUCAGGUGUUCAACAUCACAGGUAACGUUAUACUGGCUGUGUGGCACGUCCCAGAAGGAGCGAAAUGGUUCGCCUUCAUGCUGCAAUACAUGGGCUGGGCAAUGGCACCCGUACUUUAUGGAUGGAUGAAUGACAUUUGUCGUCGCGAUACCGACACGAGGGCCGUGAUUCUAGUGAUAAUGAACAUUGCUGGCUCUGUUUUCAGCGUUUGGACAAGUGUCGUAUUUUAUCCAACAACAAUGGCGCCAAGGUAUCUAAGAGGCUACAGUUUUACAGCUGCUAGCGCUUUAGCGCUCUCGAUAUGGACGUUCCUUGUGCUCUGGUUUUUCAAGAAAGAAGAACGGAAGCACGCAAAGGACAACGGCAUAGUUCUUUAUAACUCGGCGACAGGAAUUUCUUCACUGCAAGAUGAAUCAGAACUCUCGAUAAAGGGACUUCAAGAGACUGAAGAAUCGAAGUCCUAA